AUGCCGCCAACAAUUCUUACUCCGACGACUCUUCCUCCGUCGACCACUACAUGGCCAUGUACCACAUCUCAGAAGCUUACCACAACUAGAUCACCAUUCACGCUCAAGUGUAGAGCCACUUCAUCACCAUCUUCUAUCACAGACUUUGAUCUUUACGACCUCUUGGGUAUUGACCGGAGCUCCGAUAAGUCUCAGAUCAAAGCAGCCUAUCGUAAGCUGCAGAAACGAUGCCAUCCUGAUAUCGCAGGAGUCCCAGGACACGACAUGGCCAUAAUCCUUAACGAGGCUUACAAGCUUCUAUCUGAUCCAAUCUCUCGCCAAGCCUAUGAUAAGGAGCAAGCAAAACUGGAAGAACUCAGAGGCUACACAGGGAAACCGAUCUACUCGGUUUGGUGUGGACCAGAGACUGAGCAACGAGCUGUGUUUGUGGACGAGGUCAAGUGCGUUGGUUGCUUGAAGUGUGCCUUGUUUGCAGAGAGAACAUUCGCUAUCGAAACCGCUCACGGGAGAGCCAGGGUUGUCGCUCAAUGGGCUGAUCCUGAAUCAAAAAUCAAAGAAGCCAUCGAAGCUUGCCCAGUAGACUGCAUCUCAAUGGUGGAGAGAUCUGAGCUUGCGCCAUUGGAGUUCCUUAUGUCAAAGCAACCUCGAGGCAGCGUGAGGAUCGGCGUUGGAAAUACGGUUGGUGAGCGUGUCUCCAACGUUUUUGUUGAUGCCAAGAAGUUCCAGGAAAGAUACGAAGCUAUGAGCAGAACCACAAGAGAGACCUCACAGGAGACGGACUUGCAGAGAGAUGUAAGAAUAAGUGCAGUAGAGGCAAUAAGGUCUAUAUCCAAUUGGCUAUACUGGAAAUCAUCACCCUACUCAAAACCAUUGAGUCCAGACUCGAACAUGAGCUUAACUUUUACCAAACGGAGGAAAACGGUUGAUCCAGAUAUCAGAAAGCUUCAAGAUGCUGUGGCGGCAAUGAAACAAGCAGAACAGAGCGGGGAAGCCAAAGAAAAACGACUAGCUUCCAUGGUUGGAGACGAUUAUUGGAUUCCAUCAAACCAAGCUCUUCCCUCACCCGUGAACAAUAGCAGUUCCAAGGCUACCUCGAUUCCGCAAGUGACUCCUACGAAAUCUCCAUUACAAGAGAGUUCUACUAGCAGAAGAGAGUAUAGAAGAGAGAAGUUCCGGAUAAAGAAAUUCCCAAUCGGGACAGCCAUAGUAGCAGUAUUCAUGGUUCAGUUCCAAGCCAGCUACAGAGCCUCUGAGCUCAAAGACCAUAUCGGUGGUUCGCUGGCUUUAUCUAUUGUCAACAGCCCAUGGCAGCAGAUUUUGUUAGCCGGUGUUACCUGGUACUUCAUCGGUGCGAUGCUGCUACAGCUUGUGGAAGCUAUCCAAUCAAAACAAGAAGAUGAAGGAGCUUAG